UUUUUUUUUAGUUCAAUUCUUUUUUUUUUUUUUUCAUUGAUAUCAUGGAAUUCCCUGAUCUUGGAAAACACUGUACUUUUGAUGAUUGUUCCCAAUUAGACUUUUUACCAUAUACUUGUUAUCACUGCAAAAAAAUAUACUGCCAGGAACACUUUAAGCUAGACGAUCAUAAGUGCCCUAGUCGACAAGAUCCAAGCCUAGACAUUCGUGUACCUACUUGUCCUAUUUGCAACAAACCUAUUCCAGGAUCCAGGAAUGAAGAUCCCAAUAUACGAGUGAAUCGUCAUAUUCAAAGAAACUGUGCUGAUGACGAAACUCCUUCCAAUCUCUGUCGUCUUAAGGGAUGUAAAGCUAGAUUAUUGGUACCCAUGAACUGCGGUGCCUGCGGUCAAGCUUAUUGUGUCAAACAUCGAUUAGAACAAGAUCAUCAAUGUCCGGGUAAAAAACAAGUCUCCUCCUCACAAGCUCGUCCUGCUCAUCAAAAACUAUCUGCUUUGGCAGCCAUGAAACGUGCUGGAACAAAACAAACCAACAAUGAUCAUAAACAAAAUCAACAAUCUUCUCUCAACAAACAAAAGAUACAACAACUUCAAACAAAAGCCAAUCGAACGGUAAGAAAUCUUUUUUUUUAUUAUGGGAACUAUAUCAAUGGAUGUUGAUGACAUUUUUUUUUUUUAAUUUAGACUUUGACUGAACAAGAACAAAUACAACUUGCAACAUUAUUAUCAUUGGAACAAAAAAAUAACAAGGAUAGUAAAAACUGUGUCAUUCAUUAGAACCAAACCUGGUAGUAGUACUCCUACUGUAUUUUUAGUUAGAAUCUCUUUUUUUUCCCCUUUUUGGCUCUUAUUUUAUUUUGUCUUUCCCUCCCUAUCACUAUGAUUGUAUAUAUAGACUACCUUUUUUUAUUAAUAUUAUUCUAUAUCAAUUUUCAACAUUCUUUUUUUUUAUUAUUAUUAUUGAUUUGAUACAAAAAUCACAUAAUAAAUAAACUGUAUACCAU